AUGUCCGAGUAUAAAGUUGCAUCAACAGGAAAACUAAGUUUUAAAGGAGAUAAUUCUUCCAAUGGAACGAAAUCAAAAGCUGCAGUUAGCAUAAAACUGUACUUGGAACUUUGCACCUUACACUUAGAACUUGUUAACUGUAUAUAUAAAAUUAUUACUCAAAAUUUUUUAAUUUAUCUUACAGGUUGGGUGCUUGCUGGAACACAAGAAGAUCUUGUUGGUCCCUUAUUUUUUGUAUUUAAUGGUGAACCUCUAUCAUGCCUUUUUUGUUCCGAGAAAGAUCGUUCCAUUGGUGUACGUCCUUUACCUGAUAAAAAACUUUUAACUUGUGAACCCGAUGAAGUUUCUUUCGUAUUUGUAGGUUCUAAAAUUGUUGGUUCAACUGAUUGUAUAUCAUUAAAAACUUUUGAUGGUAAAUAUCUUGCUUCGGAUAAAUUUGGUACAAUUACUGCUGAGAGAGAAGCUAUAGGUCCUCAAGAAGAAUGGAGACCAAUCUUAAGGAAUGAUGGAAUAGCAUUACAAAAUUAUUAUGAUAAAUUUUUAAGUGUUGAUGAAAUUGCUGAUGGUGGAUAUAAAUUAAGAGCUGAUGUUGAAACAAUUGGUUUUUGUGAAACUUGGAGCGUAAAAUGUCAAGCUAAACUUCGUAAAAAAUCGAAAAAUACUAAGAAAGAAAGUAAACCAAUUAAUGAAUAUGAAAUUGAACAAAUAAAAAAAUAUCAAACAUGGGGUGGUGGUCGAAUAAAAACAACCAAAGAAGAUAUAUCAGAAUUAAAGAAGGCUAAGAAGGAAGGAAAUUUUUCUGAAGCAUUACUAGAUCGUCGGGAAAAGUUUCAUAAAAAUUAUAAAAAUAAUCCUGAACAAUUAACUUAUAGCAAGGCUAUGGACGUGUUUUUUAAAAGUUUAUGUGCUAUAAUCAACCGGAGCUCAGAUCUUCCAAAAAUUCGGAAAGCUAAAGAACUUUUAGAAAGUUGUCAGACAAAUAUGACUUCUAGUUAUCCUUCUGAUGAUCUUUUAGAUCGCUGUGCUUGUGGCAUUCAUAACAAGGAAGACACAACUUUUAGUUGUUCUUCUGAUGAUCUUUUAGAUCGUUAUGAAGGAGAAAAUGUGGACCAUUCAAAUAACAAAAAUUUUCUUAAUCCUAAAAAAUAUAAUGAUAAUGGAAAUGAAUUAGAAAGACAAGCCGAACAGUCAGUUCAAUAUGAUGGAAAGACAUGGGUUGUUAGUAAUGGAAUUAAUUUACGUGAUGCAUUAACGAAAUGGAAGAAACAAAGAGGCCGAUCACGCACAGAGUAA